AUGAACUUUAUCUCAUCAAAUGGAGUAAUUGUACACUUCCACGUCAGAGUGUCUACAACAUUCGGUCAAGAAGUCUUCGUUUCAGGCAACAUCCCUGAAUUAGGAAACUGGGACUCAGAAAAGUCGAUAAAGAUGCACUUCGAGCAGAACUUAGACUACUGGACAGUCGAUGUUGAACUACAAAAGUCGAAAGAUCCAAGAAUCGUCGAGUACAAAUAUAUCAUUUCUAAUGGCGACAACAAACAGUGGGAACCAGAGCAGAACCACAAGCUUGUCUUAGGAGAGAUCAACGAAAACUGCAUCAUCAACAUCGAAGACCACUUCCACUGGAGAGACAACGUCCUUGACGCAUUCAGCCGCGCAACAUUUGUCGGUGCAAUCAACUCAAGAGAAAGUCCAGUCAAGAGCGAACCAAUCACUGUCAAGCAGACAGGAGACGCAAUACAAACAUAUUUCGCGACAAACUGCCCAUAUGUAAGACCAAAUCAGGUUCUCAGAAUCGUCGGAAACGUUCCAGAGCUCGGAAACUGGGAUCCAAAGAAUUCAUUAGUUCUUGCAGAUGGAUGCUUCCCUGCUUGGGCAGGAAACAAAGUUUUUGCAAAAUCUUCAUUCCCAUUCGAGUAUAAGUACGUCAUUGAGAACAAAGAUAAUAGCACAUUCAUCUGGGAAGAGUGUGAGAACAGAGUUUGCCCAGUCCCAGUUUUGUCAGACGGAAAGGUUAUCAACUAUAUCCAAGACUGGUUCGUCAGUCCAAACAAAGACUUGUUUAAGGGAAUGGGAAUAUACGUUCCUCUCUUCUCUCUUAGAACAAACGAUUCUCAGGGCAUAGGAUCUUACACAGACCUCAAGAAAUGUGUCGAUGCUUGCAACAAGAUGGGUGCUUCUCUCAUACAGUUACUUCCAAUCAAUGAUACAACAGAGAAAGGAGAAUGGUGUGACUCUUACCCAUACCGCCAGGUAUCUUGCUUCGCUCUUCAUCCUGUUUACAUCGACCUACUCGCUAUCACAGACAAGAUCCCAGCAGCAAUGAAGAAGGAAAUUGUCGAAGCCAAAGAGAGAUUCGAGAAGUUCGAGCAAGUUGAGUAUCCAGAAGUAUUCGCAUUCAAGAUGAAGUAUCUCAAGGAAAUUUUCAAGCUUGAGAAGGAUAAUUUCGUCAAAGAUGGCCUUGAACAGUUCCUCAAGAAGAAUGGAUCAUGGCUCAAACCAUACGCCCUCUUCUGCCUCCUCAGAGAUGAGUACAAGACAACAGAGUUCCGCAAGUGGCCAAAGUAUUCAACAAUCACACCAGCCGAGCUCGAACAAGUCUGCGAGCAGAAAAAGAAUGAUUUGCUCGAAAUCUACUGGAUUCAGUACGUCGCAGACAAGCAGUUCAAAGAGUCAUACGACUAUGCAACAAAGAACCAUGUUGCACUCAAGGGUGACCUCCCAAUCGGUGUCAACAUCAAUUCAGUCGAGUGCUGGGCAUUUCCACAGCUCUUCAGACUCCACAUGUGCGCUGGUGCUCCUCCUGAUGACUUCUCAUCUGAUGGACAGAACUGGGGAUUCCCAACAUACGACUGGGAAGCGAUGGAGAAAGAUGGAUUCUCAUGGUGGCGCUCAAGGCUCACAAGAAUGGCAGAACUCUACCAUCAGCUCAGAGUUGACCACAUCCUCGGAUUCUUCAGAAUUUGGGAGGUCCCACGCGAAACAUGCGUAAGAGGUCUCCUCGGACACUUCUUCCCAUCAGUCCCAUUCUCGCGCGAUGAACUCAACGGAAUGGGCUUCUGGGAUAUCGAAAGACUCACAAAGCCAUACGUCAGAUGGCACAUCCUCUGUGAGAAAUUCCACGAAGAUGCAGAAUUCGUUUCUCACAAGUAUUUCAACAACAAAGGUUGGGAUGCAAAAGAUGACUACUACGAAUUCAAGCCAGAGUUCGAUAACGAGAAGAAUGUUGCCCAAGCUCUCGACAAUGACAAGACACUCUCUGAAGAGAAGCGUGAACACUAUAGAUGCUGCCUCUUCCAGCUCAUCGGAAAUGUCAUCCUCAUUGAAGACCCAGAGAGGAAAGGAUUCUUCCACAUGAGAACAGAAGUCCUCAAGGAUCACGUCGAACCAACGAAAGAAGGUCCUGUUGUCUAUGUCUCAUCAUCAUGGAACGAACUCGACGAAGGCCUCAAGCAGCGUGUCAAGGAAGAAGCUCAUAAGUUCUUCUACGAGAGGAUGACAGAUCUCUGGGUCCAGAAGGCUCAGCCAAAGCUCAACGUCCUCAAGAAUGCUACAAAGAUGCUCAUCUGCGGCGAAGAUCUCGGACAGAUCACAGCUGGAAUCAUAAGAGCUAUCGAUGAAUCUGCAAUUCUCUCACUCCACGUCCAGAGAAUGUCUAAGAUACCAGAGGAAGAUUUCGAUGACUUCCACAAGUUCGGAUAUCUGUCCGUUGCUUGCCCAUCAACACACGAUACAUCUUCACUCCGCGGAUGGUGGGAGGAGACAAAGGCAACAAGAGAGAACUUCUGGUACAACGUCCUCCUCAGGCAUGAUGCAUGCCCAGAGACACUAUCUUGCGAAGUUCAGGAAGAUAUACUCAAGCAGAACAUCUGGUCUAACUCAAUGUGGGCAAUAUUCCUCCUCCAGGAUAUCACUUCAAUAUUCCCAGAGUUGAGACUCCAGUCAGCUGACGCUGAAAGAAUCAACAUACCUGCUGAUCCAAAUCACAAGUGGCGUUAUCGCUACCCAUACAAGCUCGAAGAUCUUAUCGCAAACGAUAAGCUCAACAAUCACGUAAUGCAGCUUGUCCGUGAUUCUCACAGAAUAUAA